AUGGAGAUCUUGAGCAGCAAUUGUUUGUUGAUCAUUCUGCUAUGCUUUGUAGCUGGUGUAACACAAAUCAAUGCAGAAAGCCGAACCUGCACAAAUCGCAACAGUCCAUGCUUUCUUAAGCGGAUAACUUGCCCAAGUGAAUGCCCAACAUCAUCAUCAACAAACUCGAAAGCUAAAGUUUGCUAUAUCAACUGUAACUCACCCUUAUGCCAGGCUGAGUGCAAGAAUCGUAAAGCAAAUUGUAACAGUCCUGGAGCUGCGUGCUUGGAUCCACGGUUCAUUGGUGGAGAUGGCAUUGUCUUCUACUUCCAUGGGAAGAGAAAUGAGCAUUUCAGCUUGGUCUCUGACCUCAACCUCCAGAUCAAUGCCCGCUUCAUUGGCCUCCGUCCAGCUGGGAGAACCCGGGACUAUACUUGGAUUCAAGCUCUGGGAAUCCUUGUUGACUCCCACACCUUCUCUCUGGAGGCUACCCGAGCAGCGGCCUGGGAUGAUGAGAUUGACCAUCUGAAAUUCUCUUAUGAUGGGAAGGAACUAGAUAUACCAGAAGGCCAUCUUUCUGCAUGGAACUUCUCAGAAAAUGACCUGAAAGUGGAAAGAACAUCAAACAGAAACAGUGUUGUUGUCACUCUACCAGAAAUUGCAGAGAUUUUAAUCAAUGUUGUGCCCAUUACAAAGGAGGAUGAUAGAAUCCAUAACUACCAGAUACCUUCUGAUGACUGUUUUGCCCACUUGGAAGUACAGUUCAGAUUCUUUGGCCUCUCGUCCAAGGUUGAGGGAGUCCUAGGCCAGACUUACCAGCCAGAUUUUGAGAAUCCAGUAAAGCCCGGCGUAGCAAUGCCAGUAGUAGGAGGUGAAGACAAGUACCGAACCACAUCACUUCUCUCUGCAGAUUGCCAUUCUUGUUUGUUCUCACCAGCAGGAGUUUUCGACCAAAAGGACACAUUGAUUAUGGACUAUGGUACACUAGACUGCACUGGUGGAGCCACCAGUGGGAUGGGAAUAGUCUGUAGAAAAUGAAUCAUACAGUGACAGAAUAAUUGAAGUUUAUGCCUCUUGAGAAUAAUUGGGGUUGGCUGGCAGAGAGCAAGGAGCCCCCUGUCCUGCCCUAAGUAAUGAAUUCCAGUUCAUUCAGUA